AUGGGCAAAUAUACUUUCACCUGGGAACACUCGGCCAAUGAGGUCUACGUGACUGGCACCUUCGAUGACUGGAGGAAGACGGUCAAGCUCGAGAACGAGGAUGGCAUCUUUAAGAAGACGGUCGAGCUGCCCAAAACCCACACCCAGUACAAGUUCGUCGUAAACGGCAACUGGUGUACCAACGACAGCGCGCGCAAGGAAGACGACGGCCACGGCAUCAUCAACAACGUCCUCCUGCCCGAAGACAUCGUCGACGAGGAGCCCGUCAACACCAUGUCCUCUGCCGCGCCCGAGUCCACAACCGCUGCGCUAGCCGGCGCUGUGCCCAAAGAGAGCGAGAAGGACGCCAAGUCCAACUCUCCUCUCCCUGGCGCUUUCCCCGAGACACCGUACGCAGAGACACCUGGCAGCGAACCGCAGACCUUCAACGUCGCGCCCAUUCCCGCUACCUCUGGCCUCGGCAACCCCAUCAAGCUUGCGCCUGGCGAGCCCGUUCCCGAAGCGAGCACUCUCACAGACAACACCGUAGACUCGACUGUCAAGCAUGACAAGGAGCCCGAGCAAGAGGCUUCUGCAUUCGGUAUUGCGCCCAUCCCCGCUACUGCUGGCGCUGGCAACCCCAUCCACCUUGCGCCUGGCGAGAAGGUGCCCGAUGCCAGUACCUUGACCUCCAACACCGUCGACAGCACAGUCAAGACAGACCCCUCUUCUUACGAGAAGUCCGAUGCUCUCCCUCCCCUCGCCUUCACUCCCCAGGCUGAGCGCGAUGCCAAGGGUGGCAUGUUCGGUAUCCCUCCUGUCAUGGGCAACAUGAUCCCAGAAUCGAGCCUCCCUAUGGGCGCUGAUGCCAAGGUCGAGGAAGACACCGGCAUUACCAUCCAAUCCUCUGCUCCUCACAGCACAACCGCCGAUCUCGCCGCCCAAGUUCCCCUAGAGCCCCGCGGUGUCCCCGAAACUGUCACCGAAAGCCAACAGGAGGCUCACGUCGAUCCCGAGGCGUCUGCCAACCCAGAGGCUGUCCAGGACAAGAAGGAGAUGGAGCAAGAGCUGAAGGAGACCGUCUCUGAGGCGCCCGCAGCUAGCGGAGACGCUGGUUUGAGCGACACAGCUAAAGCUGCCGCCGCCACUGCUGCCGCUGGCGCGACUGCUGGUGCGGGUCUCUUCACUGCGGCUGUCUACUCUGCCAAGGAGAAGGCUGCUGAGGCUACCGGUAUGAACGAGCCCAGCACUUCCACUGCUGAUGAGGUUCCGUCCAUUGUUGCCGAGAGCCAGAACACAGCACAUGCGGAGCCCGAGGCCGCAGCCAGCCCUGAGGCUGUUGCUGAGAAGUCCGCCAUGGAGCAGGAACUUCUUAGCGAGGUACCCAAGACCAACGAGACUGGUCUCACGGCUCCCGCCAUUGCCAUUCCCGCCGUCGUCUCUGAGAGCCAAAAGGAGGCACACGCAAGCCCUGAAGCAGCAUCCAGCCCCGAGGCCGUCGCAGAGAAGACCGCCAUGGAGUCUGAGCUGUUGCGCGAGGUCCCCAAGACCAACGAGGCCGGCGAGCCAGCCCCCGCCGUUUCCGCUGCCACAGCCACUACUGCUCCUGCUGCUACUUCUGAGACCGUCUCCAGCGACGUACCCGAGGUUGUCGCUGACAGCCAACAUGAGGCACACGUUAGCCCCGAAGCCGCUGCCAACAGUGAGGCCGUAGCAGAAAAGUCGGCCGUCGAGUCUGAGCUACUCGACAAGCUCCCAAGAUCUGAGGAAUCUGGUGAGCCUGCUCCUGUACUGACCGCUGCGACCACCGAGACCGCACCUGCUGAGACCACACCCGCUGCUGUUGCUGCGACUGCUGUUGCCGGUGCAACUGCUGCUGUCGUAGCUGGCACUACCAGGGAGUCAGUCAACGAGUCCGUUGCUCGUGAUGUUCCGGAUGUCGUCGCCGAGAGCCAGAAGGAGGCACACGUCAGUCCCGAGGCCGCUACUAAUGCUGAGGCAGUCAGUGAGAAGCGGGCUAUGGAGACUGAACUUCUUCAAGAAGUGAAGUCAACGGAGGCUACCGGCGAGCCAGCUCCCAGUGCUGCUGUUGUAGGAAGCCAAAAUGCUGCUGGUCUCUCUGAUGAGGCUCUUGUCGAUACUAAGCCACUCAAGUCCUCCAGCGAGCCCAACGCACUCAACGCGCCCGCAUCGGAGCCUGCUCAGCCGCCAACCUCCAAGCCCAUCGACUCUACUACCGAAGUCGCAUUCAACAAGCAGGAGCCAACUACCACCGAGCAGACCCAGCCGACUGUCACCACCGGCGUAGAGACAACCAAGACUGAGGCCACUAGCUCUGCCCCAGCCGCACAGCUGGCCCCAGAGAGCCCCGCCAAGAACCUCAGGAAAGACUCGGACGUCUCUCCCAAGGGCACUCCAGGCAGCCAGAGCAUCGCUUCUGGUGCUGACGAUAAGAAGAAGAAGCGCCGCUCUUUCUUCGGCAAGAUCAAGGACAAGCUAUCCAGCAAGGACAAGAACUAG